AUGGAGAUGUUCUUGAAGAAGAAGAAGAAGAAGGAGCACAAGAAGAAGGAGCACAAGAAGCAAUGGAGAGAGGCUGAGACAGAUGGAGAUGGAGCCAACAGAAGCAAAGCAAAGAAGAGGAAAGCGAUCGAGCCCAACGCAGCUCCCAACAACCGCAGGCAGCAACCGCAGCACUUGGAGACGCUCUUGGAAUGGACACAGGAGCUCAUGCACCAACGAGGACAAGCAGAUGUCGUCCUGUCACAAGUCUCCGCCCACUUGUUCACAAGCUUCAAGGGUACUGAGCAUGAAGUGAAACUGGCUGCUGGAGUGCUGGAUCAGCUGGCACGGCUACAAGACAAGGAUGUGAGACAGAAGUGCAGGGAAACCGUACCGCGGAAGGUGUGGGAACACAUCUUGCAUGCAACAACGCUGUGCUUGCAGAACUUGCACGCCCUGGCGUGUCUGCCGCUGCCGCUGCUCCACCCGCACCUGGACGCCCCCGUGGAGUCAGCAAUCGUCACAGCCAUUGGCAUGCCUUACGCAGCAAAGCCCCUCGGUAUUGUCUUCAGCACGCUCGCUCAAGAUCACGGCGACCCUGCCGUUCAAGUCCUCGAGCCGCGCAUUCUAAAGCUUCUGGAUGGCUCCGUCACUGUUUCCCAUCACUGGGCCUGCCGAUUUCUUGAAUCACUUCUCCGUCACAGCCUUGAUAACAUCCACAGCCCCGUCAUCACCGAGCGUGUGUGCAGGGGUGCUGUAAUCUUUGCUGCCACGGCUGCACCACUUCCCUGGCUCAUUACUGCUCUCCCACUGCUGCAGUCGCUCUUCACUCGCACCGCACACACUCCUUUCGAAGCCAGUCCGCAGGGUGGCGCACAGUGCGCUGCAAGCAUGCUCCAAGUUCUGAUUGAGCUGCUCCAUGACACGCACGCCACACUUGCAGCAAAAGUUGACCCAGAAACAACAGCAAUUCACGCCACCCAAGUGCAAAUCAUCGCUCUUCUCAUGCUCCUCCAGCACGCCAUCUCCCUCACCGGUGAUGCCACUGCACCCACAUGCUCGUUGACAGCGUGGCUGGUGGCUGCAAAGUGCAUGGCGCACCACCUUGCUGUUCCACUGCAUACGACGACAUUGCACCAGCGUGGACAUAAACGCAAUCACGGUGCCACCAACACGCAUCCAACACCAACCAACGGUCAUGAAGACAUGACGCAACAGCAGCAGGAACAGGGAUGGGAACAAGACACCUCCACUUCUUCACUGUCGAUGCUCUUUCCUGACUUGGAAGCAGCGUUCACCGCAUGCCCUCAAAUGACUUUGGAGCAUCUGGAGCAGUGUGUGGAGCUUUUGAUUCGGAACCGCCCACCACCCUCCGCAAGGACUAUCGAUUCAGCUGUGAUUUGCAACGAUCUGUGGCACGCAUUGAUCAAGUUGGGUGGCCGCCAGCAUAGCCAGCAGUCGAUGCCUGCAAGCACGCCGUUUCUGAAAGCCACAAUCACUGCCGAUUGCAUCACAGACGGCCACGCUGCGCUCCUCCGACAGUUGAAGCUGCAUCACCCAUUCACGAUUGCGCAGUGGCAUCGCCUGCUGGCAGACACACUGCCUCGGUUUGACCUCUUCCCACAAUGCAUUUGGGAGCCGCUAGUGCGGCACUUGGCCGUCCACGUUGCACGAUCGAAUCCGCGUGAUGGUGAUGACAAUGGCACUGACGAUCACCACCACCACCAGUGUUACCAGCAUCCCCGCGGGCACCUCACUCAUCCUGAAGACAGCCGAAAUGCCGCGAGUGCGUGGCUGCUGGUGUCCCGGAUGCUCACCGCAGCAACCAAUGUGCUGACAGCCAAUGCACCACCCGUGCAACCAACCACCAGCUUAGCAACAUCUACCUUGAUGGGCAACAGCAGCAACUUAGUCGCAGCAGCACCCACCCAAGCAUUGCACACUACCAUGGCAACUGCGACAUCAGCAAACGCAGCACUACCGCUGUCGUUCCUGCAGCACCUCGAACUCGCCGUCUCGCUUUUGCCUGCAGGCAUCGAUCAAGCCGCUGGAGACGAGCAACUGUUUUCCAGUGUUGUUGACGCCGCUGUCGCUGCCGUGGAGUUUGCGUGCGCACACGUGCAUGAAGACAAACAUGGUGUCGACAUCACCACACCCUUUCACGGCUCUGGCUGCCUCCUCACGCACAGCGACUGCUGCCGCCAAGACAACAGCGACCACAACCACGCCAACCACAACUGCCACAAGCACAAACAUAACUGCAACGCCAACCACAACCUCAACUGCAACAACCAGCGCAGUCAGGAGCACGGCCACAGGCAAUGCGUGUACCACUUCGGCUGGGCUGCAACUGCUGUUGGAGUCGCUGCUGCCCGCAUGUGCGCAUCACAUCUGUGCAGCGCUGCAGAGGGACGACUAUGA